AUGGUCGCAAGAAGCGCCCGCCGGACAUGCGGCGGCUUCCAGCCUGGACGUGACGUGACGUCUCUUCUUCCAGAAAAACACAUGCAGCGCCUCGCCGCCAACCCGACGCGCGCAUACACUCGCGAUGAUAUUGGUCUGCCUCGACCUACCCCGCCGCUCGUGUACCUCCUAGUAUUGUACGGGGACAUGUGCAGUGCUGAAGCUAUACGGCUAUUUUGUGCCCACGAACGGUCUUGUUUCGGGCUUGCGCCGGCCAAGCAUGCUAGGGAGAUGGAGAGAAGCGACAGCCAACCGUUAGCCGCCUGGGGCAGCAAGAACCAACUCCCAACGAGACGCAUCAGCGGAGCCGAGGGCAACCACCUCGAAUCCGACCGGCCUCCUUCUUACCACGGGAACCAGCUACAAACUUUCUCGGCGCCGACAGACCGCGUACGCCGAUUGUGCCUUCGUGAACCCGCCAUGGCCGACAACGACCCUUCUCGAUGGAGCCACUCGGCUGGCGAAGCGCAGCAACACGACGACCGCACCAACGCCGCCAACCAGCGCUCAUCUGGCUCUAGAGGCGUCGUGGAAGAGGCAACCCCGGGCGUGAACGGAAACGCGACGGACUUGUCGAUAACCGUCUCAUCUGGGGCAAGAGGCUAA